UUCGUAAAUUGAGAGUUUGGGAGUAGAGGAGCAUGUGUAUCAUCUGACCCCCCCUUUCUCUCUGUCUACAACGUUUCCGCGACCUCAGGUCAGUUCAGCAAUGCCCCCAUCACGCAGACCACAGUGCCCGAGACUCAGAGCUACAUUUAUUCGUGUUCAACUGGAGAGCUCAUAAACGAUUAUCUCCCUGUGAAGCUGUGUUCUCCUGGGGAUUGCCUCUCUGCUCCAACGUGUGCACCAGAUCCAACGUCGCGAGCGCCGUGUGGAAGCCCCACCCCACCAGAUGAUGUCCCUUACACCGUAAAGACAAUCUUCCCAGGGGACUUUCCAACUAUCCACUACGCCUGCGAGACAGGACGCAUCUGGUACUCUGGCCACCAGGGAGGGCACAUCACUGUCUGCUUCGAUGGCCGGUGGACCAAUGUCAACGAUUACUGCCUUGAACCAGCUGAAAUGAAGGCUCCGAGUGACUGCAGCGAAUUGGUGGACUACUACAGCGUCACUAACUGGUACCGCCUGUAUCGCCAGCCUCCGCCGCUGGAUGGGAUCUCGGUCGUUUGCGAACUGGAAAAUCCAAACUCUCACGACAAUGGCUGGAUGGGCGUGUCUUACUUAGGAAAUGUUAACUUCGCAGGGAAGGCCAGCUUCGGGUCCAAACUUCAUUACUUCCUGAAUAUACAGAGCUUGUACGAAUUCACCAGAAGCAAGGAUAACAUAGAUGUGGCUCAGCCGUGCAUCUUACAGGUUCAGAUACAAACAGCAACCGAUCUGUUCCACGCCACUUACGAUGAGUUUGCCGUCGACAAAACAGCAAAAGGCGACUACGUACUGAAGAGCGUCGGGAAAUAUCAUGGCAAUGCAGGUGAUGCCCUGACGAAUAACGUUGGUGCAACCUUCAUAGGACCUAGUGGCAUUGGCUGGUUCGUGAAAGACCUGAACUCUAUAAUUCUCAUGGACAUCACAAACGCCCGUAGCUACUACGGCACCUUGUCUGACCCAACCGUCUCUGAUAUGUACGUUCGCAUUCGGCCGAAGGACUUCGAUACUGCACACGCUUGCCCUGCGGUCUUGCCCUACACCCCCAGUACAUGGCAGACCACCACUCAAGUGACUGUACCGCCUUCGAGAGCCCCUGGGUCCAACUUCACUUACACGUGCAUGGAACCCUACUUGCAGGAGGGCCCUGGUGGAGGUCCGAAUACCAGGACUGGAAUUGUCACUUGUCUUGUGAACGCUGGAGGGACGCCGCAGUGGAAUAAAAAUGUCACUCUUCCUUGUUCGGUGGUUUGUCCCAAGGGGUACUUCAAGACGACUGGCCCCAAUGCGGCUUGCUACAUGGUCUCCACGGAUGGACAUCCCCUGGGAUAUUUGGGAGCUGCUAAAAUGUGUGCUAAAGAUGGAGCAGUGUUGGCGACCAACCCUGACACGACCCAACUGCAAGGCUUGAUGGGAACGGGUUUCUACUACACCGCUCAUGCUCAGAGAGGAUAUUCGACCGUGGUCUCCCCUCCUAUCCUGGCUCUGUGCGGUGCUGACUGCUUGCCAACAUCACUGGACAUGUGCAUUGCUGUCAAUAAGCUGGGGAAAUAUGCAGCCUUUAGUUGCUCCCUGACAGACAUGCCUUACAUUUGUAAACUUCCAGACAUCUGUCCAGCCAACUACACCGUCUACGCAGGUAAAUGCUUUUGGCUGGGGUCAGGAACUGACGCUUUGAGCGGACUGCGUGCUUGCCAAGCGAACGGGGGUGGCCUGUUCGUGCCGGAGACCUUAGAUGACAUCACUAAGGCUGAAAAGUUCCUGACAUCAAACAAAAGUGGACAGGUGACUUCCACUACUCUGACUGUUCCAUUUCCAGUUUACACGGGACUCAACAACGCCUGGGGUGACUGGACAGUGAAUGGGUUCUACGAGCCGACUGUCGAUAUUGUAUCGCUUCUUGGGAGCGACAGCACUACCCAUUGGAGGAGUAUCAACCUUCUCGACGCCACAACGACUUUUGUGCCUCUGUAUAUCAAUGAUACCAAUUCAUCUCCUCCUGCUCAUGUCCUCUGCGAAUAUCCGGGUCCUACAGGAUGUCUUGAAAAUCCUCCCCCGCCUUUGGAAAAUAUGGAGUUUUUACGGCCAGAUACAGCAGACGUCUUGUUCAGCAAUGCCACCUACAGAUGUAUUCCAGGAUAUUUCAUGGAUGUAACUAAGAACAUUUCCCAAAUAAAUGUGCAGUGUUACGGUUAUCUUGGUGGAUGGAAACAUGCCAAACUUCUGCCCUGCGUGCCAUCACCUUGUUCGGCACCGCCUGUACCCCUGGACAAUAUGACAUAUGACUACAACCCAGCCAUGCAGCCAAAUGUCAUGACAGGAUUUACUGUUAAUUAUACGUGUUCUGCCAAUUACGUCACCAACCAAACGACGCUGAUAUCAACCCAAAAUUUGACUUGUCUGGGGUCACUCUUGGAGUGGAAUACCACAGAGCCUCUUCCUUGCCUUCCUACCAUGUGUAGUGCACCUCCGCUGCCUCUGGAAAACAUGACUUACAAUCACAAUGCAACCUCUGUGUACUACUUUGGAGAUCCAGUGACUUACAGGUGUCAGACUGGCUUCUUCGUCAGUGGGAACAUAAGCCACAUCACGCAGACCAAGACGUGCGGGGGUAUGCUUUAUGGAUGGAACAUGACGGAGCUUUUGCCGUGUAUACAGGUAGAUGUAUGCAUUGGAGACCCAGUGAUCUCAAACGGAACUCUGGUAUGGAACCCAACGUCUCGUCUAUAUCAAGGGGAAGUGGAGGUCAUCUGUGAUCCUGGACUGCAAACAACAAGUGGUUUGACUGUCCAGAUAUUAAGCUGUUCCUAUCUGAUAGCUAAUGACUCGUACUUCUACAACACUUCCGCCAUUUUGCCUUGCAAUGCUUGUGCCGGUGUCGUCAACAUAACGAGCGCCACCACAGUCUGGAGUGCCAAAGCCUCUUGGGUGAUCAACGAUGUGGUCUCUGGAGACUGCCAAACUGCGUUCGAGGUGGCACUCGGUAUCAGCGCUUUCACUGUGGAAUGUCUGCCAGGUGGAUGGGACGUCUUUCCGGAGUGCUACCGAGUGUGUCCCGAUCCACUCCCCGUGGGCGAGAACAUGAAUGUCACAACGCCCUUCCACAACAGGGAAGGGACAGUGCAUCGAUACGAGUGCUUGGAAGGUUUCUACAUCCCGACCACAAAAUACCUGCCUGAGGUUGUCAGCGUAACGAACGUAACCUGCACAGCUGAUAGUGUGUGGCAGCCAUACGAUGAUCCACUCGCCUGCGUGAAGAUGUGCAACCAGCAGCCCGUCAUAGAGAACGCCACGGCCGCUUGGGACCCGAUGAGACUGUGGGUGGAGCAGAACAUAAUAUAUCUGACGUGUAUUGAAAAUCACCUGUUCGCCUUUGGCAAAAACACGUCCCUGACGGAAUGCACGGCUGCUGGGUGGGAACCAAUCCCUGGGUGUUACGAAGCCUGCUUGGCUCCUUUGCUGACAGGGGAAAGCAUAGACCCAGGAAGCCUCGUCCAGAACACAGUAGGAACCAUCGUCGAGUAUACUUGCAAGGCUGGGACCCACCUUCGUUUGACUGUGGAUUUUAGGAACAUCUCAACCAAGACCCAAGUUCAGUGUGACAGCAGCUUGUCUUGGAAAGUGAUUGGGCAGCCACUCCUCUGCGAGCCGUUGGUUUACGACCCACCCGAAGAGAGCGUCGAAGGGGUCACCUUCCAGUUCUUGGAGGGCCCUUAUUACCUGGAACAAAAACUGCCCAUCUUCUGCGACGAGGAUAUGUUGUCUUCAAAGGGGACCAACUCCUCCUCCUUCAUUCUCACCUUAGAUGGCUGGGUCCUUGAGGAUCCGGAGUUUAAAUGCUACAGUUUGUCAUAUACGCCUCCCGAACCGAUGCCUCUUAGGACCACAGUAGAAUUCUAUCCGCCUUACUACGUCAACCAGACUUUGGUUGUCAUCUGCGAAAUCGGUACGAUCUCGAACACCGGUUCCCAGUCCACCACUUUCCGGUACACCCCUUCUGGCUGGGUGCCGUUGGAACCCGGGUUCCAGUGUUUGACAGGUAAAUAUGAUCUUACUUGGUUUUGUUUUGGCUCUGUAUAUGUUUCAUGCUUUGCUUUGCAUAUAUAUAUGUAGUACUUGUAAUUGUAUGAUGUUUGGUAAUUGCAACAGGUAAAGUGACACCAAAUUAACACAAAAACGAUUUAACAACUGAACAAUAGUUUGUAUGUGACUACCGAUUCGAAUUCUAAUUGGCGUAAGUGAACUUUGCUGUCUGCUGGCUGAAAAAAAAAACGCAUGAAUGUAAUCAUUAAACUGAUUCAUUCCUUGUUAUACUUUUGUGCUUGUGUGAAAG